AGCUCCCGUCUUAACGACCACUAGAACCUCACUGUUUAGUCAAUCCAAGUAUAACUUUCCGUCGACCGAAACUGUUUAGUGUUCUUGUGUCUAGCAUCGAGGAUUUUCCCACCUAAACGAAAUGAAGGCAAUCGCUUUGGUGAUCGUCUGCCUGUUGGCAGUGGCGAGGUCGAUCCACGUGGAGGAUCUGCAUGUCUCAUUUUGUGACACGGAGCAGUGCACAUGCACACCGGCUCAGACUUUUGGCUUAUUCUCGGCCGUGUACAUGGACGACUUGGGCUGUUACUGCUCGUGCGGCUCCUCAAAAGACGAAUCGUGCUCUAAAGAUGGUGACUGCAUCCAAGGACUACAUUGUGCUGCUGGCGAGGAGAAAGGUGGUCAUGGGCGAUGUGAAGAUGCUUGUAAGAAGCCUGGUUUCUCCUGCGGCAAGUUCGAAAAGUGCAGCGCGGAGAGCGGAGAACCGGUGUGCAAGUGCAAGAUGUACGAGUGCAGCGACCUCAAGAUUGGCAUGGGAAUCUGCGCCGACGAUCCUGUGCAAAAUAAGAAGGUCACCUUCCUGAAUGACUGUCAAUACGUCAACGUCAACUGUGAGCGUUUGAAGGCGAAUCAAAAGAAGCUGACGAAACUGCCCAUAAGCGACUGCGCAGAACCAAAUCCGAUUUUCGAACCUGGUCUCAACGCCUUCCAGUUCGAGAAGAGGUAUUAGAUGCCAGCCACAUCGGGCGAUGAUCCCUUGGGGUUCCAUGGUUUGAGCCUAUACCGGGGACUAAGAAACGCAACCAAACUAUUUAAUUAAACAUCAAACCUUUUGUGAAUUAGCUCUAAAUCAGUGUAAAAGAAGACUUAAGAUUUAUUAUUAUUAUUUUUAUUUAUUCGGUCAACAAAUGAACAAAAGUACAAUGACAAAGCAAAGAUAUAUCAAAAAGUAAACAAAAUUGGAAAUUGAAAAAGUAUGACCAGACAAGACUGAAGGAUGCGAGAAGGAAUGAGUCGAGGGGGGAGGGAAGGGAGGGUGGACAGUUUGACAGGGGAGAGGAGAUAGAGGGACAGAAAACAAGGACAAUAUAACAUUCCAAACCGGCCAGGGUCAACAAAAGUGUACUUA